AUGAAGAAUACUACGCUACUUCCCAUCCUGUUCCUCCUCUUCUCUCUUAUCAUCUGCGGAGCCUUCGGCGGCGGUAUCGAAGACAUUCCUCCGGAGUGGGAGGACACGAUUCCAAAAACCGAAUUUUCUCGAGACAGUCAGGGCAAAAUUGUCAAACCCAGCGAGGAACCGUCUUCCUCGGGCGCUUUCAAGCGAGUUUGGCCCGGCGCCACAGAAGUGCCAACGGAAGUGAAAGAAAUGGUGAAGGUCUUAGACUUUCAUCGUGGCAGAGAAGGAAUCGAUUAUUAUCACAAGGUCAUUGACCCAGACAGCCUCUCUCGAAAUAUCAAUUUCGUGGAGCAUAACCAAAGGAAAAACAUGGAGAAAAAGCGCAAGGACAAAGAGCACCAGGAUUAG